AUGACGAAAUGCAGUUCACAAGGAUUCGAUAGUCGACUUGAUAGUGGGACCACAAGAGCGAGCUUUUGGCAAGCCGCUAGAAGACGCGGGAAAAGGGCUCUAAUCUCCACAUUGGCUCCAUUGCAAAUUGACAAACCGCUACGAAAGGGAGAAGAUCCCAAGAGAGAAAAAUCAAGCAGUCUCUUCAGAACCGACAAGAGCGCUACGAUGCUGAUGGGGUCCAUUGGCUUUCUAGGCCACAGCGGCUUGCUGUUGGCAUCCACUGUAUUGGUUCUUCUCAUCAAACAGCUCUUGGCAACCAUUCAGCAGGCGCGAAAAGGAGAAGACUACGCCACAGACGAAAGUAAUGGGGGAAUGAUGGAUCGAUGUCCCUGGCCCUUUAUCUUUUCUCACGAUCCAAUCCAAGGGCUCAAAGAUCCCCCUACCUGGAUUGUCGUCACUUGGAUUGCUUUGUGGAGGAUCACGAAGAUUGCUUCUCGCAAGUCCUUGACCAGCUAG